AUGUUGCGCACUCCGUCGCCGAGCAGCCUGUAUGGCCUGGUCGAUAUGGGAAGUAAUGGCAUCCGCUUCUCCAUCACCGACCUCUCCCCCGCCACAGCCCGCUGCCUGCCCACCGUCUACCAGGACCGGGAGGGGAUUUCCUUGUUCGACGCCCAAUACUCCACCGGCGUCAAAGGCCCGAUCCCACAAGACACCAUCGACGGGGUCCUUUCGUCCCUUCUGAAAUUCAAAUCUGCCUGUGCCGACUUUGGCGUGCCCGAGUUCAACAUCCGCGUCCUUGCUACCGAGGCUACUAGGAAUGCCAUCAACUCCCAGGACUUUCGCAAGCAAAUCAAGGAUGCCACGGGCUGGGAUGUGGCCAUGUUGCCCAAGGAGGCCGAGGGGAGGAUAGGUGCUAUGGGCGUGGCCAGCAGUUUCGCCAGUGUUGAGGGACUAGUUAUGGACUUGGGAGGAGGAAGCACUCAGAUCACUUGGAUGAUAGCGAAAGACGGAAAAGUCCAGACCAGCCCCAAAGGCAGUAUCAGUUUCCCCUUCGGCGCUGCCGCUCUCAGCCGCCAACUCGCCGAGCUUUCAGUGUCAGGCUCUGAAUCGGCGUCACCUUCGAUGCAGAAAUCGAAGAACGGUCCAGCAACGACUCGCGCCGGGCUGGAGGCGGACAUGAAAGCGCAGUUCCGCCAGGCCUACGAGGAUCUCGACCCGCCGGAAUCGCUCCGAGAGAAAGCCAAACGCCACGGUCUCACGCUGUACCUGUCCGGCGGAGGCUUCCGGGGCUGGGGUUACCUCUUGAUGUCGCAGCACAAGGUGUCGCCAUACCCGAUCCCGAUCAUCAACGGGUUCCAUGUCACGAAGCGCGAGUUCCAGCAAACAUCCCAGAUCUCCGCCCUGGCCGCCGAACAGAGUGUGUUCCGCAUCUCCAAGCGGCGCGCCGCCCAGGUUCCCGCCGUGGCUUUUCUCGUCAACGUCCUAGUGGACGCAUUACCCAUGAUCACGCAAGUCCGCUUCUGCCAGGGCGGGGUGCGGGAAGGGUUCCUCUUCGACACGCUCGACACGGCGACAAAAGCUCUGGACCCUCUCCCCGCGGCCACCGCCCCGUAUGGGACAGCAUGCGCCGGAGAUCUCGCGGAGCUCCUGUUCGCCGGUCUUCCAGGACAGAACGACUUGGGCAGGACACUCCCCGCGUCGCUCAACGCUGCACUGAUCCGCGCCGUCGCCGACAUGAUGUAUCUCCAUCUCCCGCUGCCGAAGGAAACGCGCUCCGUGGCCGCCCUCCAUACGUCACUCACGGGUGUCCUGGCCUCGGCGCACGGCAUCUCUCACGCAGACCGCGCUCUGCUGGCUCUGACGCUCUGUGCGCGUUGGGACGGUGACCUCCCGCCGCCGUACAGUGAUCUGCAGACACGGCUCCAAGCCAUCCUGACGCAGCAGGAGGUCUUCUGGGCGAAGUAUCUAGGCGUCCUGGCUGGACUGGUGGGCGCCGUGUACCCUGCUGGCCGGGUCGACGUGGCUCGGCCGAGACUGCAGUUCGCCGCGCGCUGGGCUGAUGGACUCGGCAAGAAGGGCUUGAAUCAGGGUGUCGUGCUGCAGAUCAACUGUCGUCGCGAAUCCCAUAACGAUGCCAUGACCGCUCCGGCUGCGUUGAAUCCGCUUGUGCAUGAACUGGAGAAGGUGGGCAAGAAGAAGAACCGUGUUGGCGGGGAGCAUGGGUACGGCGUUCCCAUUCAGGUCGAGAUUGAGAGGGUGCUGGAAUAG